AUGGCCAAAGCAACGAUAAUCUUGUCUUCAUCAAUACGUCCAACAAUGGGUGAUUUGCAUAUGAUCUUUCCAAUUAUUUUAAAUGUUUUACAUGAGAUGUUAAAUAGUGAAAUGCAAAUAAAAAAUCAAGUUGCACAACGAAUCUAUAAAAAACUUGAUGAUUAUUGGACUAUUCUUCGAGGUUGUUGCAGUGUUUCUGUUGUAUUAGAUCCAAACAUAAAAAUGUCAUCAUUUGACAAUGAGACAGCUAUAAUUGUACGUGAAAGGUUACAUAAUGUUUAUACACAAUAUAUAGGAAAAGAAAUUAAUAACACAUCUUUUGCUAAAAAUGAUUCUCCAAGAGAUUAUUUUCGAAAACAUUAUACUGAAAAGUCAAAGAACAAUCCUCUUGAAGAAUAUCUUACAACUCCUGAAGAGAAUUGUAACCCACUUGACUUCUGGAAACAACAAUCAACCAAUCUAUGUUAUGCGGGGCUCACACAAAUGGCUUGA